AUGGCAUCUCCAAUCGUCACAAUGAGCUUUACCGAGGCGACUCAGAAGCGUCGCACCAUCCGCGCCCUCGAUUCAAAGACGACGGUUCCCGACAGCACCAUAGUUAAGCUAGCCUCGGCCGCCAUCCUCACCGUCCCAUCUGCUUUUGACAACCAGUCGGCCCGGUUGACGGUCGUGUUCGGAGACGACCACAAGAAACUCUGGUCAAUCACUGCAGAUGCACUGCUGGCGAAGAUUGGCGAGGAGCGCUGGAACGGGGGCACCAAGGACCGCAUCGCCAACUUUGCCAACGCCUACGGAACUAUCCUGUUCUGGGACGACCAAUCAUGCGCGACCGCGAUGAAAGAGAACGCCCCCGACAUCUAUAAGGAUAAGACAGACGAGUGGGUGCAGCAGAGCAACGGCAUGCACCAGUACUACCUGUGGACCGCCCUCGAGGCCCUGGGGCUGGGGGUCAACCUGCAGCACUACAACCCUCUCAUCGAUGCCCAGGUGCAGAAGACGUGGAGUGUCCCGUCGAACUGGAAGCUAAAAGCACAAAUGGUCUUCGGCGUUCCAAAGGAUGGUAGCGCGCCAGGAGAAAAGCCACAGAAGCUUUCCUUGGAGCAAAGACUGCAGGUAUUUGGGGCAGUUGAUCAAACGGUGCCUAACUAG